AUGGAGGGAGGACCGGAGAGGCUCAAGUUCCUCGGUGCAUGCGGAAUGUUCGGGGAGUCAUUCCGGGUGAUCUCCGCCCGGAAGAAGCUCUUCGCCCAGAUCACGCUUGCCCUGAUCCUCCCUCUCUGCGUCUUCUUCCUUGCCCACUCGAAGGUCACCCAGCUCGUCCUCGAGAACAACAUCAAGACCAACGACCACGGUCAGCUCAUCAAUUAUGACGAGAAAAAUGGCGAGUACGAAGCCCUCUCCCACAAGAAAUACGGUUGGGCGAUUAUCCUAGCCAUAAAGUUCGUCUACUUCACCAUCGUCCUCAUCUUGUCCCUCUUCGCUACAUCAGCUGUUAUCUACACCGUCGCAUGCGUCUACAACUCCAUCGAUGUCCCAUUCAAGAAGGUCAUGAGGGUUGUGCCGAGAGCUUGGAUGAGGCUCAUAGUCACAUUCCUAUGGCUCUUCCUUCUUAUCGUCGUCUACAACUUAAUUUUUGUAGCGCUCUUCUGCCUGUGUUUUCUAUUUGGUCACGUAGUUGCAACCGUCCUUGCAGUCAUCCUAGUAAUUGCCUAUUUUGUGGGCAUCGUCUACUUAACAAUUGUGGGAGAGUUGGCAUUUGUAGUGUCUGUCCUCGAGCAUGUCUACGGUAGGAAGGCAAUGUCUAAGAGCAAGGCCCUGCUGAGGGGCAAGCUAUGGAGCGUCUUCUUCUUCUUACUAUUGCUCGGUCUGUGCUUUGGGCUGGUCCAGUUUGGGUUCGAGUUCACCGUGGCUGUCGGGGUUGUAAUCAAGAGUGUGGCACUCAGGAUCGUGGCAGGGGUCAUCUUUUGGUUUGUGCUUGCGCUCGGGACCCUCAUUGGUCUCGUCGCAUUAACUGUCAUUUACUUCGUCUGCAAGUCCUACCACCAUGAGAACCUCGACAUGUCUAUCGUCACAGACCACCUCCAGGUCUACUCCAAGGCCAGGAUGUCCAGCUCGAGCGUUCCCAAGUUUAACAACAUGUUUUCUCCUCUCUAUAUAAACAGUCUUGUUUUGUUGCUUAUGUAUAAGUGUCCGAUGUAA